AUGACGAAGAAACGGCGGCUGGAGUUGCUGGAAUCGGCCUUACGUAAGGAAUCUGCCUUAGCCAAGGAGUCGGCCUUACGUAAGGAAUCGACCUUACGUAAGGAUUCGGUCUUGGUUCAGAAGGAUUCGGUCUUAGUUAAGAAGGAUUCGGUCUUAGUUAAGAAGGAUUCGGUCUUACGUAAAGAAGGAGAGGGAGAGGGCCGGGCCGACGCUUUGGGGGCGGGUGGUUCCUUGAAGUCGGGUCGCGUGUUGUUGGGGGCCGGUGCACCAGAGACGGGCGUGAUUGCGGAGACGGCGCCGAAUGCGAUGUCGCUGGUGGCAGAGAAGGUGGCGUUGGAACGGAGGGUGGCGCCGCUGGAUGAGGAGGCGAUGGCGCGGCAGGCGGAGUUGCGCAUUUUGCGGCAACUCGCGGCCGCCCAGCAGCCGUUGCUGCGCCCCCGAGAAGAAACCGGACCCGACCAACAAGAGAGUCGCCGCUGCCGCCGCUGGCUGGGCUGGCGGCCCCACUCCAAGUACCAGCGGCUGUCUGGAAGAGAGAGAACUAUUCUGCUCAAUAACUCCGGCAUUCGGGUCCAAGACUCGGAGGUCCCAGACGUGGGCGGCGGGGUCGGGACUGGGGCGGAUGAGGGCCGCACAGCCGAGCACGUGUAUCCCGUGCUCAAGUUCGAACAUCUGCGGCUCCCGGCGGCGCUGGUGGAACACCUAAAGAGAGAGAAGGGAAUCAGGACACCCUCGCCCAUCCAGCAGGUCUCUCUGCCCACGCUCUUGUCUGGCCGAGACUUUCUGGGUGUCGCGGGCACCGGCAGCGGGAAAACUCUCUGCUAUUUGCUCCCCAUGGCCUUCGUCUGUCUGGCCAGCUACAAGCUUCAGCCCUUCCGGACUCAGUCCUUGCGGAGUCAACACGCUCAGCCACUUCGGAGCCGCAGACCGCCACUCGGCCAAGACGGACGCCCCGGGUCCGGUGGCCCCGGAUCUGGCAGCCCCCCUGGGCCUGGCGCCCCCGGGUAUGACGACCCCGGCACUGAGAGUCCCUGGCCGUGCAGCUUGGUGCUGGUCCCUAGUCGGGAGUUGGCGCUGCAAAUUGCGGGGAACGCGAACGAGUUGUUGGCUGUGCUCUCGGACGCGUACCGCACGCGUGUGCCCUUGAGGUGCGCCUGCGCGAUCGGCGGCGUAUCCACGUCGGGACAGGGGCGCGUGUUGGCGAACAGCCACGGCCUGGUGGCGACGCCGGGGCGCCUGAAGGAUGUGCUGGACAGGGGGUUCUGCGUUCUGGCGGGCGUGCGCUACUUCGUCAUCGACGAAGCCGACCGGCUGCUGGAUGGCUCCGGAUUCCUGGACACCGUCCGGGCCAUCCUGGAUUACCUGCACCCGCGGGACGAGCGCCUGUCGCCAGGAAACCGCCCCCUGCCCGCGCAGAGAGUUCGACCGUGGCUGCAAUCGGCCUUGUUUUCGGCGACGAUGCCACCGAAGGUACGCGAAUUAGCGAAGACGUUGUUACGGUGGCCUGUAUCGGCUUCCAUGGGCAGUGGAAGUGUGCGUGUGUCUUCAGAGGUACGACAGCGCGUGGAGUUGGUUGCACACACGGCGCGUGUGCGACUCAAGUUCCUGUUGCGGGCAUUGGUAGAGACGCCGCCACCGGUGAUUGUGUUUUGUUCCAGCAAGUUGGACGUGGAUGCGGUGUUCGAGACGAUGUUACGACGCGGGGUGGAGGCGGUUGCGAUCCACGGCGGUUUGAGUCAGGAGGACCGGCAGGACGCGUUCGAGCGCUUCGCAGCCGGCCGUGCAGAUGUGCUCGUAGCCUCGGACGUCGCUGCCAAGGGCCUCGACUUCCCGCGCGUCCGCCACGUCAUCAACUACGAUAUGCCCCCAGACAUCGAGGCCUACGUCCACCGAGUCGGCCGUACCGGCCGCGACCAACUCAGCGCUGGCACCACCUCCGGCCGAACCACAUCCGGCCUCGCCACCACCUUCGUCACCUCCGCCUGCCUCGCUAACGAAACUGUCCUCCUCGACCUGCGCUCGGUCCUACUUCAGGCACGUCAAACUCUCCCCAAAUUUCUCACCGUCCUCGCCGAACAUUGCGGCCUCCACCAAACAGAUGUAGAGUGCACCUUCUGCGGCGGUCCCGGCCACAGACUCGUGCACUGCCCUAGACUUCGUAAAAACAGCGGGCGCAACAGCACGCUCUUCUAG